GUCACUUAAAAGAGCUGGCUCUUUGAACCGGCUCGUUCGUGACCUACACAUCUCUAUUGCUGAUUACAUCCGGGUCAGAGUGUAUACGUCAUGUUAGCUAACAGUCUUUGGGAUGUCUCUUAAUUGAUAAAAAAGAAGCUUGUUUUUAUGUUUGUCCUCUUCUGUGAAGUCUGUCGUCGGUCAUGAUCAGGUCAGUGCUGCUGCACAGGUCAACCUCCCACAUCCUGUCCUGUACCAGAGGAUCAUGUCUACUCACAGGUCGGAUACCUUAUGGUGUGCAGCCUCACUCGCCAGGUCACACACCCAUCCAGCAGAGCUUCCACAGACCCCUUAUACCUCAAAUCACAGCCCUGGUCAGGUACUCUGACUUGUCCACAGAAAAGUACACUAUGAUUUACACCCUGCCGCACAUUAAGCUCCUCAGAGCCGUGUCCAGACUCAAACUGCUCCAAACUGCAAUCACCGUGGUCAUCUUGCCCCCAGUGUACUACCUCUACCUCCAUGGAGACGUUUCCUUCUUUCUUGUCAGCUACACAACGGGUAUAGCGCUGUUCGCUGGUGUCAUGCUGUACACUGCCAGUCACUUCUUCAGGAGGGUUGUGGGGAUGAUGUACCUGGACCCGUCUCAGACCACUCUCAAAGUGUCCCGUCUCACCUUCUGGGGCCGGCGCCAUGAUAUCUACAUGCCUGUGUCAGAUGUUAUGACCAUUGCGGAUACGGGGGACUUCGCCAGCGAGACAAUAGUGAAACUAAAGAGAUACAGCAGUCCACAGACGUUGUAUUUCUCCACUCAUUUGGGACGUGUGGUGGACAAACAGGGUUUUGAGAAAGUGUUUGGAGCUUUAUAAAGAUAUAUAACUUAUUCAAAAUGUACAGAUUGGAACUGUAAUAGUCAACUUGUUAUAAUGAGAAGGAUCUGUUUUCCGUGAAAAAUAAGAUUAUGUAGUGGAGGACUGUAUAAUCUGUGAGUGAGAUAUGUAAGCUGUUAUUGGUCUGAUGUGUCUACCGUGAAUAUCAGACUAAUUAUUAAUUAAUUAGUUAUUUAGUGAAGCUUGUGAUUGAAAUGUAAGGAUGCAUAUUUGCAGGCUUCAGCAGGACUGUGGCCUUUAGAGUGGAACAACAUGCCAAGUGACCAAUGUUGGCAGUAAGAUGUUAAGAGUACUCGGAUUACUUUGGUCUGGUAACCAGUGUCUUAAUGUGUGAAGCAGAGAAAGUAAAAUAAAAUCAAAGUCUUCUUGGUGCAAGUGAGGUUGUCCUAAUGUUUUACAAGCGGAAAUAGUUGUGUUGCAUC